AUGGAUGCUAGGAGAAAACACUGGAAGGAGAAAAAGUUUGCUCCUCUUUUCAGUGCACAGGAUAUUCUAGACGAAGCUGCUCAGCUUGAAUCUUCUUCUGAACAAAUGACUUUAGAUAAGGCCAAGAGAAUGGAAAGAAUAUUUAAUUUGUCUAGUAGAAAGUUUCUAGAGGAAAAUAAAUUUAAAAGGAAAGAAUUUAUUUCCCAACCAAAUGAAAAUGAGCAAGAAUCAAAUUUAAUAGAGAGAAAGAUAAACAUUUCAAAGACUGAGGCAGACACAAAGUCUGUCUCCUGUGAAUCAUCUAAUUUGGACAUUGCAACUGAAGAAAGCUUUAAUAGCACAGAAGAGCUUCCUACCUGGGGUACAAAGGAGUUAUCAACUCCACCACAGAAAGACAAGAAAAAGAAAUUCACUGAAGGAAUGUCUCCAAAACUUCGCCUGAAUCUUUUGAAUGAAGAGCUGGAAGUGCUUGAUUUGAAAUGCAGAAAAAUUGAAGAGGAAUUUGAAAGUGCAGAAAAAGAACUUUUGAACUCCAAAAAAGAAGUAUCCACAAAACCCCCAAAUUUUCAAGAACCAGGGGUGGAAACUUCCAAGAAAGACUGGGAGCUUCAAGCUUUAAGAAAUGACCUCUCUGAAAAAGCAACAAAUGUUAAAAACUUAACUGAAGAGCUCCAGCAAGCCAAAGAGGUCAUCCACAAGUUGAGCCUUGAGAACAAGGAUUUAAAAGAAGCUGUUAGGAAGUUAAAGCGGCAGACUGAGGUUGGAAAUGCAUUCCUAAAAGAAGAAAUGAAAUUGUAUUAUGAAUUAGAAAUGGAAAAAAUCCAUGGGGAGCUCAAUGCCAUCAAGAAUGAACUGAGAACAGAGAAGUCCCUACAAGCAAGAAAUAACAGAGCCCUGGAGUUGCUUAGAAAACACUUUGCUUCUGUAACACCGUCAGGUACCUCUGACAACUUUAUGGGGGAUUUUUUUUAA